GAUAAAGAAAAGUUGAAUUGGAUUUGGAAUGAACUGGAUCUUUGAUUCCUUAUAUACAAUGGGAUCCAACUUGUUGAUAUCGCGCCUGUUUUUGUUUACGUUCGUGUCAUUCUGACAAUUACACAAGUGCACUGUGUAAAGCUGGGCACCGUACAUCUGGGCACCGGGAUAAGCGUAAAUUGUGGAAUGGCAUAAAGUAUGUUCUGAUAUUUACACUGACACUAUGUGUAACUCUGAGAAUGACACAGAACACCCGUUCCCAGAUGUUCACUACUAAACGCCUCUUAACUGGUGAAGAUCUCAGCACGCCACCAUGUCCAUCUUUGUUUACUUUUCCCAAACGUAAACAAACAAUAUCCAGAACACGACUUUUAAAAUCAGACCGUGUCAGUGGCCCCCCAGAUCGAAUAUAUAAAGACUCUGGAAACUCACCUUCUGGAAAACUCAAACUCCAUUUUAUCAUCCAUCAACCAACAAUGGCCAGAACAAAACAAACAGCAAGAAAAUCCACUGGUGGUAAAGCACCAAGAAAACAAUUAGCUUCAAAAGCUGCUAGAAAAUCAGCUCCAUCUACCGGUGGUGUUAAAAAACCUCACAGAUAUAAACCAGGUACCGUUGCCUUAAGAGAAAUCAGAAGAUUCCAAAAAUCUACUGAAUUAUUGAUCAGAAAAUUACCAUUCCAAAGAUUAGUCCGUGAAAUUGCUCAAGAUUUCAAAACUGAUUUAAGAUUCCAAUCUUCUGCUAUCGGUGCCUUACAAGAAUCCGUUGAAGCUUACUUAGUCUCCUUAUUUGAAGAUACCAACUUGGCUGCUAUCCACGCUAAACGUGUUACCAUCCAAAAGAAAGAUAUCCAAUUAGCUAGAAGAUUAAGAGGUGAAAGAUCAUAAGUUUAUUAACAUAAGGGAAAUUAUUUUGGGUAAAUUAUGAUUUAUUUUGUAUAUUAGAUGGGUAAAAUUUUAUGAUUUUAGUUUUAAUGAGAAAUUGAAUUGGAAAUUGUAGUCACGUGAAAUAUCUAUUAUGUAAUCAUUUUAGAUGACACUUUUGUAAAUGACAUGAAAUUUAGAAACCUUGAAGUUGCUAAAACGAACAACACCUUCAAUUGAUCGAAUAACAUACUCAAUAAUCACAUCAUGGUGGAAAUUACAGAGAUUAAAGAUGAAGUUCAAAAAGAUAUCAAUACCAAAAUUGAUACAAAUGCCCCAUUAACCCAACAGUUUUAUCAAUCUUCAAGAACUCCAUAUCCUUCAUGGGCUUUUGCAUCUUUAUUAAUCCCAACCCCAUUGUUUUCAAAACAAAUCUCAUUACAAUCUUCAUCUGGUGGAUUCC